UCUGACUGCCAGACAAACCAGACAAACUCAGACAGAGAGACAACAUGGAUCCGAACACGACGAUUCUGCGAGUCAAGAGAAAAAGGGGGACCGACCCCGCGGAUGCGUUGUUGCUGGCGUGUAAACGUAUCCGACCGGAGACAGCCCAGAGCUCAGGUGAAACGGUCCCGGAGCCAAAUGAAGCCGAGGUGGAAAACUCUGUGUUCAAACUCGUGGCGACCGUAGCGACACAGGAUGCUCCUGUUCAGACUCAGGUGCGACAGGCUUUGGCUCGGCCUCGCAUGGCCCAUGCCCUGCGCCCCUCUGCUGCCAGUUCACAACGGAUAAUUGGGGAUCUACGGAGCACAAAGUGGAGCACCCGGAGGGAGGAACGCUACAGAAUACUCUCCAGCCACCGUACAGGGCUGUCAAGUCCAGCUGAGCAGCAAACCCCCCAGACAGAAAACUCUGAGGACGUAGAGGAGACUGGGAAAGAGCAGGACAAAUGUCUGGGUCUUGGUGCGAUCCAGGUGGUCGAUCUCCUACAUGAGGAUGCAGAGGACCAGGACAAAUCCCCUGGCAAGACGCUGUCCUCAGACCCAGAGGUGAUCCUGUGUAACAGCACCAAGAUGCUGCGGGAGCGCCUGAGCAUAACCGGAGAGAGACUGGGGGAAGAGCACCGGGAGCAGGACGACGACUACGUCUACGAUCUUUACUACCAGGAAACAGUCACACCAGGGUGGAUCCAGGACAUCCUGUCUGUCAGGGCCUAUGCUGAUGAGGGAGAACUGGUGCCCGACCUUGUGGUCCAUGAAGAGGAGGUGUAUGAAGAUGAGGAUGAUGAGAACGAGGAAGGCAACUGGAGGAAUGACUACCCUGAUGAGGAGAGUGAUGCCGACAGUGACAGAGAGGAGCGCUAUGGUGGUUACUGGGAGGAGGAGCACUCGUACAGCCGGAGGAGCUGGAACCGCUACCAGAGGGAAGUGCUGCAUGAGCUGGGCUGCCAUGGUGAAGAUGACAAUGAGGAGGAUGAUGACGAUGGAGACAAAUAUAAUUCCGAUUGAUCUAUCCCUUAACCCCACACCUGUCAGUGGAUCUUCCCAUUGCCCUCUCCACUAAUAACACCGUACUCCAUUGACCUCUGUGUAGAUGAGAGCAGAAGGAAACAAUAAUGGCACAUGAGAGAAACCUGAAAAAUAGAUCCCAUGUUUAAGUGUAGCAAUUAAUGUGUAGCACUCAUCAGAUUUGACAAAGUUAAAUUGACUGAGAAGAUCAUGUUCUGAACACCACUAACUACACCCUGCAUGUUAAAACAAAUUCCAUUUUAUGUGCCAAUGCAAAAAAAAGGGUCACAGAGCACGUCAGCCACUAAUGGUUGAGAAAACUGCAAACAUACCAUCUCUCAGUAUACAUGUUCUUAUGAUGAGAUCCAUCAGUCUCUGCUACACAGAAGGUGAAGGAGUAGGCGUUAUUUCCAGAAGGAUCCAGAGUGUCUUUUUUUUUUUUUUUUUAAACUGUGGUGGAGUGAAUUUGUGUGUGGGUGUUUGUUCAAUGUGGAUGUGUGUUUAAAAAUGUUGCACAUUAGUGUGAUAUGCCUUGUAUGCUUUGUGCUGUUAACACUUCUGUUAGUGAGACGUCUCGGGCUGCGCGUGGUUGCAAUUUAGGAUGCAUUCUGUGCAUGGUAGUGUGUGUAGGUACAACUGUGUGUGUUAGAUUUUUUGCAUAAUGUGAAAGCGUGAUGCAUACGUUUUGUUGUGGGUGUGCGAGUUCAGUUCAGAAAUUCCCCUUUGAAGUUCAGAUUGUUUCUCUUGGAUGCUUGUUGAAUUUAAAUUUUUUUGUAAAUAUGUAGAUGUGUAUAAAAAGAAAGCUUUCAAAAUAAACUUGAAACAUCUGUG